GCGGCGGCGGCGGCUGUGACGGCGGCCGCGCCAGCCGGCAGUCCCGUGGCAGCAGAGCCCGCGCCUUCACCAUGAACAAGCGCCUGCAGACCGUCGCCGCCAUGGCGUGCAUGAAGACUCUCCUCAUGCUCUUCAACUUCCUCUUCUGGCUGACGGGGAUCGCCAUCCUGGCGGCGGGCAUCUGGCUGGAGGUGGAGCUGUACAAGUACAUGGAGCUGUCCACCGAGUUCUCGCGCUCCGCGCCCUACGUGCUGCUCGGGGCCGGCGCGCUCAUCGUGAUCGUCGGCUCGCUGGCCUGCUGCUGCACCGUCAAGGGGCAGCCCGCCCUUCUCUACAUCUACGGCGCCUUCCUGCUGGUGAUCUUCAUCCUGGAGGUGGGUGCGGCCGUCUCCAUCUACGCGUACCGCGGUCACCUGCAGGCGGGCUUCGACCGCGGCCUCACCCAGGCGCUCCACAGCUACGACACCGACCCCGAGAAGAAGGAAUGCUUCGACCUCAUGCAGUCCACGCUGCACUGCUGCGGAAACCGCAACUACACGGACUGGCCAGACAAGGUGCCCACCUCCUGCUGCAAGGUCGACAAGUGCGACACCAGCGACGUCUCCGAGAUCUACACACAGGGCUGCUACACGCUGGUGGUGGACUUCCUGAACACGAACAUCGGGCUGGUGGCCGGUGCAGCGGCAGGAGUGGCUGUCAUCCCGCUACUGGGUGUCGUGCUCGCCUGCUGCCUGGCGCGCAACAUCAACAAGGCCAAGUACGAGCAAAUGGCCUAAGGUGCUGCGAGGGGCCGUACGGAGGUGGCGACUGCUGCCCCCUUCCCAGUUUCUCUGCGCUCUCUUUCUCCUUCCUCGUGUAUCUCGUUAUCACUGUCCACACUUGUAUCUACGCACGCACGCGGCUCUGUCCCAGCUACCAGCCGCACCGCUUCUGCCAACAUCUGUCGUGUUCUUCGACCCACGCUUUAUCAGUGUUGCAAAUGUAAAAACAUCACAGAUCUCCUAACAGAAAUAUAUAUAAACAGGCGUCCAAACUAAACAACAGAUGCAUGUUUUCUUGAGAAGUAUAGAUGAAGUUCUUAUGCACAAUGCACGUAAAUAACUUACAGAUAAAUACCUCACUGGUGACCAUUAAUAUGACGCCAUACGCGUUGUGUAUCGCACCGAUCUGACUAAAAACGCUGUUUUCAUCUGCAAUAA